AUGAAAUCGUACAUUUCAGACUUACGUUCAUCAAGAUUGUAUUUUGCUUGGAUAGCUGGUUUAUUGUUGAGUAUUGCCUUGAUAUUAUUUAUCACAAGUCAUGUUUAUGUUCGUUGGAGUAUUUUUCCAUUUGCUUAUCGAAAUGUUGGUUCAGUUUAUAGUGGUUUAUGGCAUCGAAAUACAGUUUAUAGUGGAAGAUUAGUAAAAUUUAAAAUAAUAUGUGCAAAGGAAAGAAUGCCAUGUAUGAAACUCAUUAUAGCACGAAUCUUUAUGAUUAUGGCUUGCAUUACAUCGAGUAUUGGAGUUAUAUGUUUUUGUAUUAUUUCUAUAUUUAAAAACUUCUAUAAAUCUAUUAUGUAUAACGGUGGAUUCGGCUUGGCUUGUCUUUCUUUCGCAUUUGGUAUGACCGGAUUUUUAUUUGGACUUAGUUGGGUUAGGCAAUCUGACAGAGAUCUAAUUGGUGGUGCUGCUAUCUGCGCUUUAGUUGGUUCAUUGUUUUCACUUGUUAGUGCCAUUUGUGCUUUUUUUAUUAAUUCAAAAGGAUCUAUGUAA